AUUCCGUUAUAUUUCACAUAGAAAAACAUAUAACUAUUUUUAAUUAUAAACUAUCUAUAUAAUAUUUGUCAUCUUGAACUUAUUUCCAAGAACGACGUCGUUUCGUGUCACCGGCAAAAUAUCAAAGGCUGUCAGGUGUAAUUAACAUGACUCACUUUGAACAACGGUUAGAUAAACCAAAAUAACGAAAAGAAGAAAUGCUAGAUUUCUAAUAAUGGAUAAUUUAUAAACCGGCAAUAGGACUAAUUAACUUCACUACUUGGUGAGGUUGAACAUGGCAUGGGAUCAAAGAAAUCACCAGCACAACCGAUGUGGGGACGGCUAUAUUUUUCCGAAUAAGAACCAACCUGACAGGGGGAAAGCGUCUCCAAGCGGUGUCGAGAUGCAGAUGGAGGUGGACACGGGGACACGGAGGGAUGAGUCUCUACCCAAGAUGAACCAGCUUCUGACUGCAUUAAGCAGCGUAGAGUUUCUUGUUAAACCUGCAAAACAAGAACUAGAAUUGUUGAAUACCAAAUUACUAAACAACGGUUGUGACCAGGACUUAAAGCUGAGAGAAAAAGAGACUAAAGCGGAGUUAGAGAAAUUGCGGCAAGAAAAUGAGACCAUGAUAAAAGAAAGAAAUCAGCUUGAAGAGAUGAUCCGUAAACAUAAAGAAAACAUCAAACCGUUACAAGAAAAAUAUAAAGACAAAAUAACAGAAUUGAUACGAGCAGACGAAGUAAAUGAAAAUCUGCGUGUUAAUUUGGACAGCACGAAAAAAGAUCUCGAUCAAGUAACGCAAGAAUGUAGUUCAAUUAAACAAAUGUUGAGCAAAGAAAAGGAUGACCUCAGAGUAAGGCUGCGAAAGGCGGAGGCGGAACUAUCAGACACCAAAUCAAGAUUGAGCAAGAUCAUGGGACAGAAACUAAGUGACAAUAAUCCUAACAUCGCUGACCUGAGCGACACAAAUAGGCCUACCAAACUGGCUGAAAGAUACCAGGAGUUGUAUGAUAAUCAGUGGACGGAUGCUUUCGAGGUCAUUGAAAAGUGUUAUUCGGACGAAAAAAAGUGCAUAGGUAUUCUCUUGUAUUUACUAAAGGACGUGAAACAGUUUUGCGAAGACCUUUAUGAAACGCAGAUGCAGGAAAUAUGCAAGGUGAUUCAUCUGAGCGAAAAAACGAACCGAAGCAUUCUUUCCGAUUCUGUCAACAAGCAGAUGAAGGAUUUUUUGAAGGGAACAGCUGAUAUUAGUGUUUCAGAAAUACAAAAGGUGUAUUGUAAAAACCGAAGUACGAUACAUGGCACACCAAUUGCUCAAGUCCGACCGUUUAUCGACGAAUGCAUAACUAUUUGCUGGCUUAUGUCUGUUCAAGAUCCACCAGUAGUACUUGGCAAAGAUCCACCACCAAACUCUUUGUUUGACACAAAUUUCUUCAAGCACUACACUAUGACAGGAACAGAGAUAGAUUACGUUGUGUGGCCAUCCCUUUACCUGCAUGAAGGUGGUCCUUUGCUUGGAAAAGGUGUGGUACAGGCGAAGGCAAGUCAGGCAAGACAACGAUCAAGGGGGUCAUCCAAGGAAACAAGUGAUCGCGAUCAUCAAGAAGCUCAAAUAAACAACGACGGCAAGCAGCAGCAUGGUAAACGUGAUCAGCUUGCACAGGCGGGAGCAUAUGGCGAAUCUCGAAGUGAUCCACGUGUUGGUAAGGAGGGCUCUCAAACUUAUUCGCGUAAUGUAAGUAAAAAUGGGGCCCAAUCGGUCCCUCGGGAACGAGACCAAGACACAUCAUCAACCUGUGAUAAAUUUACAGCAGAUAAGGACGCCAUACGUAAUGAUACAGCGUUAACUACUGAGUGGCUUAUGCGCAACACGAAGUCGGGAGCAAGUACAAUCGGAGCUGGAACUGGCGGGACGAAUUACAGCCAGCAACGGAUGAACUUGGCACAAACUACAAGACUGCCAGGAGGCUCUCAGCAAAUGACUGGAGUUAACCGUUGUGGUCAACAAAGAGCCGCAUGGCCAGAAUAUAGCCCAAAUGCUGACGAUUUGAGAUGGUUUGAUAUUUGUUACAUGAAUCCUGAUUAUAACAAAAGUGAAGAUAUAAUAAAAAUAAAAGGACUGCCAUGGUACCAAGCUUUUUUGAGAUACAAAGAAAUUAGAAACAACGGAUCUUUUUCAGACGUAUAAAGUGACGCUUUGUGACCCUUAUUUCCCAUGAAAUGACGUGUAUGUCAGUAUUUGUGAGGAUAAUGCUGCAAAAAAGUUCAAUUCAUUGUACUCUUUGUAGUAUUGUUAAUUGUAAAAAGAAGACUGAGUCUAUUCUAUUCCCCAUUACAAACCAGAAAAUGAGAGUCACUGUUAAGCUUUUGUAAUAAAUUUACUGUCACCUCUAAGUUGUUAUUAUUGGACUAAGUGAUUAUUUAAGCGAGUUUUUUUAUAAUCUUGUGUUUUAUGGAGAAUAAGAUGUAUUAAAUCUUAAAGGUAUUGUAAUCUAAUUUCUUCGAUAUAAUAAUUAGGUGUUGCUGUUAGGUAGUUGCUGUACAUAUACCUUGUUACUAUAUGUAUGCUUUAGAUUAUAUUUUUUACUGAAAAUGAACGAGGUAUGUUACA